CAACGCUCAAGCUCAGGCUGAAGUGUCAGAUUUGUCUUGUUAACACGUGAGAUACUCUUGAGUGUGUGGGGCAGAGGAGGGGGAGCUGCGAAAAUUACGCGGAAGAGAACUUUACUGUGCGCGAGCUGCUGGACUCGGAGGGAUCCGCGCGCUGAUCUGAGGAGGGAUGCCGAAAAGGAGAGAGGACGCACGGCGAGCGCACCAGACAUGAGUCCGAGGUGGUGUACUGAAGACAAUGCUGGACGCCAUGGAAGUUCCAAGUCAUGCUAGGGAUCUCCUCUUGCAGCUCAACAGCCAGCGCACCAAAGGCUUCCUGUGUGACGUCAUCAUUGUGGUGCAGAACGCCCUCUUCAGAGCUCACAAGAACAUUCUGGCGGCCAGCAGCCACUACUUGAAGUCCUUGGUGGUACAUGACAAUCUCAUUAACCUCGACCACGAGAUGGUGAGUCCAGGUGUCUUCCGGGUCAUUCUGGACUACAUCUACACGGGACGCCUUAGUGAGGGAGACCCCAACUCCCCCAAUGAACCCAGUCUGGGUGCUGUCUUGGCAGCAGCCAGCUACCUGCAGCUGCUCGAUUUGGUGGCCUUAUGCAAAAAGAAGCUUAGAAGAAAUGGGAAGUACCCUCCUCGUCCAGGUCCUGCGUUUCUGCCCUACGCCAAGAUGGGGCCAAGCAGCAUGGGCCUGGUGAGUGGAGGCAGGUAUAGGGUUUCUACUCCUGUAAUCCAGUCCUGUCCUCCUGGAGGAAUGUUGAACGCACCCAGGACAUCACCCCUAGAAGACCUGGUUUCUCAUCGACUUGCCAUUCACACUGGGGAGUUGUAUGCUCCUACUUCCAACCAGAGCUCCCAGAUGUUCCCAGCUCUGCCUGCCCAGCUGGGACGCUCGGCCCACCCUGAGAGGAAUUGCUCGCCCAGCUUUGGCCUUGAUCUUUCUAAGAAAAGCCCCACGUCCCAGUCUCAGCUCACACCCUCUCAAAGCCAUCUGGCUAACAGUCACAACAGCGAGGAGCGAGACGGGUCUCUGAGUGGACGCGCUAGUCCCAUUCAGGGUACAAACGGGAGAGCCUUUCCGUCUGAAAAAAUGGAAUCUACCGACCAGGGAGGUCCCCUCACUCCUCCACCUUUCUCGCAUCUGAACCAGCCUUUAGCCCCGCACCUGCCCCACUUGCAUCGGUCAGGCUCCCAGGGGACAGACCGCUACCCUUGCCCUGCCAGCCCCGACACCCCUACAGACGUGGGGCAGGUAGGCAGAGAAAUAGGCAACAUUUACCGCUGGGUGAAACACGAACCGCUUCAGUACACGGCCGAAGAUGAGGACGAGGAGGAAGAGGAAGAGGAGGCAGGUGAAAACGGAGAGCAGCAUCAUAGUCAUCACAAGCCGGGGGAAGAGAGUGAAGGAGUUGACGACAAGAGCGGGUCAGGCACAGAGGAGACGGGCAGCAGCGAGGGCCGCCCGUCCCCAACGGGACCGAUGGGGAGGUUCCACAUGCCGUAUGAGCCAGAGAGCUUCGGGGACAAUCUGUAUGUGUGCAUUCCCUGUGAUAAAGGCUUUCCCAGCUCAGAACAGCUCAAUGCACACGUGGAGACUCACACGGAAGAGGAGCUCUACAGAAACUCUGGUGGGGAGAUGGGAGGCAGCAACAACAGCAGCACCAAAAACAUGAGCAGCAACGCAAACGGUUACGGGAGCCUCAACAGCAGUGGCGCUCUGAACAGCCUGUCACCUCUAGAGAUGAAGUCGGACCAGGGUCUGAACGCAGGAGGCAUCGGGGAGAUGAUUCGACCGUACCGCUGCUCCAACUGUGAAAAGUCCUACAAAGAUCCCGCUACUCUGCGCCAACACGAGAAGACCCACUGGCUAACGCGGCCGUACCCCUGCAGCAUUUGUGGCAAGAAGUUCACGCAGCGCGGCACCAUGACGCGCCACAUGCGCAGUCACCUCGGUCUCAAGCCGUUCGCCUGCGACUCCUGCGGCAUGCGCUUCACCCGCCAGUACCGCCUCACGGAGCACAUGCGCAUCCACUCUGGGGAAAAGCCUUAUGAAUGCCAGGUGUGUGGCGGAAAGUUUGCCCAGCAGCGCAACCUGAUCAGCCACAUGAAGAUGCACAGCGGCGGAGGGACUGCAGGAAGCCUGAACGUGGAUGGGAAGCUGAAGCUGGACUUUACAGAGGGCAUCUAUCCUCUGAGCAAGUAUGCUGCUGAGCACCUGGGGCUGAAGCAGGAGAAGGCCAAUGAGCUGCUGAUCCAAGCUCAGCAGCAGCUGGUGGCCGACGCCAAGGUCAUAGAGAGCCUCUACCCGCUCUCCAAGCUGGCCUCAGAGCACCUGGGCCUCACCCAUGACAAGAUGGACAUACUGGGCCAACCACUGCCCCCUCCCCCUCCUCCACAGGCUCUCUCUGAGGCCCGAACCAUCGACCGCUACUCGCCCAGCUAAGCUGUAAGACGUGUGUAGAUGGCGAUUACCAUUAGGUCUGCGUGCACACACACUUUGCAGUAUUCUAAAGCCAUUCACCUCAACUUUCUCUCCUCCGCACCUCAAGACUCGGACCACGUAAGUGCCUUUCCAUGCAUCUAAUGUAUCUCUGCACCCUCCUUCACGAAGGAGCUCUGAGCUUUUACGUGACCAAAGGACGCUUGUUGAAAGACCUGCAGUAUUUAUGUACAGUCUAUCCAAAGAAACUGUUCUUUGAUUCCAGCUGUUGAGCCAUAGUGACACAACUUUUUAAAGCCAAACAUGUUUUUAUUUAUUUUUGUAUGAUAAGAUCCAAAGAAAAGUGUGUUUCAAUGGAACGUUUUGCAAUCUGACCCUAAACCUGUGUACUAUUCAUCUUUGUAUGACGAGAGAAAGCACAUACAAACAGACCUGAGCAGGACUUUUUACCAUGUGGAAAUCCAACUCACCUGAACUUUAAGGCAAUAUUUUCUUUUUUUUUUCAUUUAAUUGCUUUUCUUGGGGUACUUGAUAAUUUAUCUUUAUUUUUUUAUUAUUUUUAUUAUUAUUUUGAAUUCCUGCUUGCCCUUCUUCCUCAUGUGACACAGUCCCAACUCAUUUCACAAAGUGCUAUCUGCUUUUGUCUUUGUAAGACCCCAGUCUCUGUUUUUGUGCAGAAAAAUGCUCAUAUUACAGUUUUAUAUAUUUUAUAGGAGCUAAAGCUUCGCGUUUGUGAUGUAAGGAGCGCCCUGUAACUUUCAGCCGAUGCUGAUGCGUAGCGGAGCCUCUUAAUCUGAUGAGUGGGCCUCGAUUGUUCAUCUGAUGAUGGUUGUCCAUGAGGCGUGCAGCUCAUGGUUUUGCAGAAGCAUGGGCGUUUCUGAUUUUGUGUAUGUUUUUUUGGACACAGCUCAGUCGAGAGGCAGAGACCAGGAUAAGGUCUGUGACAAAAGAAAAUGUCAUGUCGUUAACUAACGCUUCCAAAAAUAGCAGCGUGAUGAUAAAUCAUGGCGUGAUAGUUUCAGCCGUUCGCCUUCGAAGCUCUCUCCACAGUGAGCUGCUAAUCUGUCAGCGUUACGAACAUAAUAAGGAGUUUGUGGCUCUUCCCCUAGAAGCCGACGGGUGAGCAGCAUUCCCCAGCUGCUGUGCUUCACUAAUCCCUGUGAAAUCUCACUUUCUCCUGAGCAAUUCGCACUGCUCGCCGGCGUGAUGUCCCAUUUUUCAUGCCUGCCAUCUCUCUGGUCUGGCGGAUGUCCUCCCCUGGCCUCGCCUCUCCACCCAGCUAGUGUCUGAUUUUGAAAAUGAUAUUUCUGUGUUGACUGAGCAGCAGAUCUCGAAAACAAAAGAGCACUUAAAGCUUGCAGGUUCAUUAUUUUGUCUCCAAAUCUUUAUUACAAAGAUCACGUUGGCCGCUUUUCCCCUUCUUUUCCAUAUUUCUUGAUGGUAGAAGUUUGACCACUAUAGUGCCAAUGCCAACCUCAGUAGGUGAAUGUGAAGACUAAAAGCCAUAAAUACACUGUGAUAGAUGGAGUGAAAAGGCUUAAAAAAGGAAGAAAAAUGUGCCUGACUUUAGGAUAUUUUUGUAAUUUAAGGGCUUUUAUCUGUAGCACAUGAUCAUAUCUAACAUGUUGCAUCCUGUGACUUUAUUUAGAGUUUUUUUCAUAAUUUUUAUUUUAUUGGAACUGAAAGCAGCGCUCGUAAAACUGGUGCUUACCUCAGGACUGAACCCAGCGAUGGGGAUGCUAACCUUUUGUAAACUUUUGCUCAAAAACACACACAUGCACACAAUCACACACACUUUUCUUUUUAAUUCCUUGCCCACAGGAUGAUUGUCCUGUAUUAAACCUGUGUUUUUUUUGUUUAAACGUCACCUUUUAAAGUUUUUACAGGAAAGAUGACAUAUAUAGACAUUUUUUUUCUUUUCGUUGUAAAUAAACUGUUUAUUAUUUUAAUAAUGAGGUCCUCAAAGAGGCCUUUUGUCAGUUUGACCAUUGUUACACCGUGCUUUGUUAUGGGAGUAGCUUUCAUUUUUGUAAUUUCUGACAAUCUUACUAAAUGUGUUUGAUUUUAAUCACAUGCAAAGCAAUAUCUAGGUGCAUUUUGAAAAAUUUUCCCUCCCAAAAAGGUCUAAUGAAUCAUCAGCACUUCCUUUAAAGAGCAGGUUCACUGAGAGACAGUUUUCUACUUAUUUAUGAAAUAUGACGGUCACUCUGAGUUCAUCGUACGUCUGUUGCUGUUUCUGGCAUUAUCCCCUAAAAUAAAACAGACGUUGAAACGCUCUGGUCCAAAAAAGCCACACAGAUUCUGUAGAUUAUCAUUCAUGGACUCACCAACGGGGAAAGCAGUUGUUGCUUUAGCAUCCAGGAGAGAGAAGAGAACGUCUCGGCUAGCAGAAGCUAACCGUUAGCAUUAACAACUCUAUAGCUCAGCAGAACUCCCCCAGGCUUGUGUUAUUUGUAGAGAUAAAACAUCAAUGUCACAAAGAGUGGCGUUGCUGCUAGCCAAUCAGAGGUGGGAUGUUCAUAAACCAUACAAGUGGAUGAGAAAGACUCCAAAUCCUGCCGCUUCCUGCCCCCCACACUUCUGGCUAGCUUCUACUUCCUGGAACAGGAGUGCCAGAGCUUAUUUUCUGCUGAAAACAACUCUUAAGGCAUUCCUUUAUAACAGACACCAGAUUUACUGAAACAGACAAGCAGUAGCUUCCAAGCUAGCCUCGAAUCGGUUGGCCCCUUUUCUCCACAAGAUGGUGAACCUUUGACACGAGCCAGACUGAGGUCGGGCUUGCACAGAAGCACACAGGAAGUAGAUUUGUUUUGCCUCAAGUUCGGGGGGCUAUGUUGUUUAGCAUUGUGACAAAAAAAAAAUUAAAUGCACUGCUUAAAUGAAACACUGGUCAUUCAAACGCGAUGCAUAAACAAGAGCAUGUGCCAUCAAAUGUAGGACAGAGCGGAUGCAAGUCGUGGGAAUUUCAGUUCGAAUCAAAAUGUGACCAUUAACUUUUUUUUUUUUGCAAGCACCACAAAAAAAAGUUUCCACAGCCACUUGAAAUCUGUGCAAGGGGGAACAAGGAAGAUAAUGUUUAGCUGUUUUUUGCAGGAUCUGCACAGUUUGAAGUGUGGUGUUGCAUUGUUGUGCACAACAGCUAGGCAGGGCAGAGAGAAUCUAUAGGGAAGGGGAAGUAUUUGCUUGUCUGUUUGUGUGUCAUCGUGCUAUUUGGGUGUACGAGGGGCUGAUAAUGCAUGUCCUGGGAAUUAGGUUGGUGUGAAGGAGAGGAGCUGAAGAGCAGGAAGUGAACUUUUGGCUGGCGUGUUGAGCUGAGCAGGAUGUGCCGUUUGUGUCCGUGUGCGUGUGUGUGUGUGUGUGUGUGUGUGUGUGUGUGUGUGUGUGUGUGUGUGUGUGUGCUCAGGAGCAGAUAGAGUCGGAGAACGGGGCGAGAGAGUGCAGCAGGGUGGACAUGAUCCAUUGUCUCAGCUUGAAAACUUGUUCAUACCUCUAAAACCCACUUUUUUAGAAAACAAGCAUCUUCUCUGGUCCUUGUUGGGAAUACACCUCGGCUGUGUUUCAUAGUGAUGAUCAACUUUUAAUAAAAAAAUUCAAAUUGCAUCCAUUUGGUGCAUUUUUCUCUAAAAUAAAGCCAUCCUUUUAUUCUGACAGCUUAAUGUAAAUGAUAAAUAACUAACCAGCAGCAGUUCCCUUCUCUAUGGUUUAGUCAAAUUUGAUGAGUUGUGUUAUAAUUAGCUGAUAUAGCCCCAUGUUUUUUUUUGCCAUAGACAAUUGUUGAUACAUCCCACACCAACCCAGAAAACCUCCCAGUGCCGUCAAAGUGGCUCAGAUUGCGCUGAAGCCUCUCAAAGAUUAUUUUUCAUCACAUUGAUUGAUUUGUAUGAUAAUAUCAGCGUUAAACAACGGGUUUAAUCUAAAAAAGUAUGACUCAGAGCUCAGGAGAAGGUCACUGUGAAUCUGACUACUGGCUGAGUAGUCUUGUGAUCAUUCCACUGUUCGACUUUCAUCGUGUUUUACAGCAAGUGCCAAAAAAAAGUCUGAAGCAGACUCGAGGAGUGAAAUUUAAAAAGCUGUUUUUGGAGUUUUCUCAACGAAAACCGAUGAUCUAAAACUUUUUCUUGUUAGAAAAGUCAUUUUUGGAACUAAUCAAUGUCCACAUUAAUCAUUAGUUUUACAUAUAAAUCAUAUUUUAAUGGACGUUGCAGCAAAAAAAGGACCAGUAAUUAUGUCAUAUUGUGAAUCCUUUUGAAAUUUUGACUUUACUUGUAAUAUUUUAUGCAAUAAUUAGCCAGAUUUAAAAAAAAUGCACCUGUCCAUUUACACGUCAUGUCUGCUCAGUUCAACAGUGUAGAGCACAAGACGGAUAUUUUACACAUUCAAGAGGCUUUAUCACAAGCAGCUGCUUUAGAUUUAUUUUCCCCCAAACUGCACUUUAACGGGAAAAAAAGUCAUUGAAUUGUGAUUUUUUAAAAAAAUAUUGUAUUUUAUUGCUCUCAUAAUCCCCAUGAAGUCCCACAACUGCCCUCCUUUUGACACUCUGCUUCCAUCUCCUUCCUCCUCUUCCUCCCUCUGGUGCACAGCUUGGCAAUGCUGCCCUUUUACCCCCAAAGCCCUGCUCCUCUCCCCCAUGCUCUCUCUCUCUCUCUCUCUCUCUCUCUCUCUCUCUCUCUCUCUCUCUCUCUCUCUCUGUGUCCCUACACUUCACAAUCCACUGACCCACAGCGCACGCCGCCUCCCUCCCCUCCCACGAUCCACUUACUUCCAGCUGUUUUUCAUGCCGAAGACAACAGUUGUCUAAAUGUUUACGCGAACAGCUACUUUCUCUUUCCAUAAGGCCUGAUCGAUUUACAAAAUGAACUUCGUGGCAUGUUUUAGGAAGCUACAGUUGAUGGGCCAAAAAGAAGAGAAUAAAAUAAAAUGGCUUUUGCUUACAGAUUUUAAGCCAAGCAACUAUGUGCAAAGAGAAGAUUAAAGCGUGUUGUUGAGGAAAUGCAGAAUAAUGUGAGGAGGGAAAAUGCUCAGAGAGAUGCCAGUAAAGUAAACAUGUCCGAAGUUGCACAACUGGCUGCACCAGCCAAGUCAUGCGCUGAGAUGGAGAGAACAACGAAAGGAGAAGGGUUGUGAGGAAAAGAAGCAAAACAGAAAGGAAUGAUUGUUUUUGUUUGAGAGUUACAGUCCUUUAAGGACAGGAUUUUUAGGCACAGCCAAGGUGUGGAGGGCAUCCGUUGUGGUGGCCUGAGGAUCAGGUCUCUGCUUUUUGCAGAUGAUGUGGUCCUGUCGGCUUCAUCAGAACGUGAUCUACAGCUUUCGCUGGAGCGGUUCGCAGCCAAGUGUGAAGCUGCUGGCAUGAGAAUCAGCUCCUCUAAAUCUGAGACCAUGGUCUUGAUUCAGAAAAGGGUAGAAUGCCUUCUCCGGGUCAGGGAUGAGGUCCUGCCCCGAGUGGAGGAGUUUAAGUAUCUCGGGGUCUUGGUCACGAGUGAGGGAAAUCUGGAGCAUGAGAUCGAUAGGCGGAUUGGUGCUGCAUCUGCAGUGAUGUGGGCGUUGUACCGGUCUGUCGUGGUGAAGAGAGAGCUGAGUCAGAAGGUGAAGCUCUCGAUUUACCGGUCGAUCUACGUUCCUACCCUCACCUAUGGUCAUGAGCUUUGGGUAGUGACCGAAAGAACGAGAUCACGGAUACAAGCAGCCAAAAUGAGUUUUCUUCGAACAGUGGCUGGGCUCUCCCUUAGAGAUAGGGUGAGGAGCUCGGUCAUUCGGGAGAGGCUCGGAGUAGACCCGCCGCUCCUCCACAUCGAGAGGCGCCAGUUGAGGUGGCUUGGGCAUCUGGUCAGGAUGCCUUCUGGACGCCUCCCUGGUGAGGUUUUCCGGGCACGUCCAACCGGGAGAAGACCUAAAGGUAGACCCAGGACACGGUGGAGGGACUAUGUCUCUCACCUGGCCAGGGAACACCUUGGUAUUCCCCGGGAGGAGCUGGCCCAAGUGGCUGGGGAGAGGGAAGUCUGGGCCUCUCGCCUUAGGCAACUGCCCCCGCGACCCGACCCCAGAUAAGCGGAUGAAAAUGGAUGGAUGGAUGGACGGAGUUACAGUCUUAUUUCUUAUAAAAAGGAGAUUCAACAGUGUUUUCUGUUUUUCCACAUCUUCUACCAGCCUAUUUAUUUUAGACUGAAGUCAGGAAUCAAGGGAAGACUUGUUUUUAAAUACUUCAUCAGUAUUUUUUGAUGAUACUAAUAUCAGUAGGCUGAACAGUUAUCACGCAGUCGGCUCACAGCUUGCAGCUUGGACCAGUUUUUUUCUUUACAAUAAACACGUAGAAAAUGAUGGAGUGGAUUUAGCCUUGAGUCAUUUUUUUAUUUAAUGUGUUAAGGUUCUGCUCCAGGGGUUUAAAUUUAAAGACAAACAACAAGCAGGAAGUUGGAAAAUUUUCUCUCUCUCUCUCUCUCUCUCUCUCUCUCUCUCUCUCUCUCUCUCUCUCUCUCUCUCUCUCUCUCUCUCUCUCUCUCUCUCUCUCACACACACACACAACACAGCUGGAUGGCAGACUGCUUCUCCGGAUUAGGUCAGAUUUAAUUAGGUUGUCCUGCUCUGUUUGGAGUGUCACUUCUUGUUGAAAAAGCCAUUUUUAAAGAAGAGGCUAUCCCAUUGAUGGCUUUACACACACACACACACACACACGCACGCACGCACGCACGCACACACACACACACACACACGGUAAAUUACAAACUAAUGGACAUCUCUCUGUGGUAUAGGGAUACAGAAGUUCAGUGGAAACACAAGAGCUUGUAACUAGCUGGAAAAACCCAAGACUAAAUCCACACGUUGCAUAUUUACAAUGGAAAUGAGAUUUUUCAGAAUUUUAGUCUGGAUCCUUUUUCUGCAGACAGUUGUGAUGAAAUUAAAGAAAUUAUUUUUUUCCUCUUAUGAUUUUACAACAUGUACCACAAGGACGAUUAAAAGCAAUACUUUAAACCAAACAGUAUUUUUUUCUGUGUUAGUAAUGAUUUUUAUUUGCUUUCAUGAUAUGAAUGUAUUUAUUGCAUGUCAAAAAUGUUUUAUAGCACAUUUUUUGUAAAUUUUUCAUUUAAAAAUCAUUCAAUGAUGUAUUGAUAAAGUUGUGUGGAUAAGGCUUUUAUUUUUUAAAAGCCAAUGUGAAAAUGUCAUUUUUUUCUUUGCUACUAUAAUCGAAAUCAACUUGGCAAUAAAACAAAUUGCAUAAAGGAA